GAGGGGCUCGGAGGGCAGCAGGAGGAGGCCGGCGUUUGUGAGCAGCUACGGUCAGAGCCGCGCUGAACUGCCGGGGACUGUCGCUGUUCAGGGCCGACUAGGGACUGAAGCUUCACUGCCAAGAUGUCCGACGACGAGCAAGAGCAGACCAUAGCCGAGGAUCUGGUGGUCACCAAGUACAAGAUGGGUGGUGACAUCGCCAAUCAGGCUCUUCGUCUGGUAGUGGAAACAGCCAAGCCCGGGGUGUCUGUGCUCAGCCUCUGUGAGAAGGGGGAUGCCUACAUCAUGGCUGAGACUGGAAAGGUCUUCAAGAAGGAAAAGGAAAUGAAGAAAGGCAUUGCCUUUCCCACCAGCGUCUCAGUCAAUAACUGUGUUUGCCACUUCUCUCCCCUGAAGAGUGACCCUGACUACACACUUAAAGAUGGGGAUCUGGUCAAAAUAGAUCUAGGAGUUCAUGUUGACGGCUUCAUUGCCAAUGUUGCUCACAGCUUUGUGGUGGGAGCCAGUAAGGAGAACCCCAUCUCAGGUCGGAAAGCUGAUGUAAUCAAAGCGGCCCAUCUGUGUGCAGAGGCAGCUCUUCGCCUUGUUAAACCUGGUAACCAGAACACUCAAGUGACAGAAGCCUGGAACAAGAUCGCUCAGUCAUUUAAAUGCACACCAAUCGAGGGUAUGCUGUCUCAUCAGCUAAAGCAGCAUAUCAUAGAUGGAGAGAAGACCAUCAUUCAGAACCCGACAGACCAGCAAAGGAAGGACCAUGAGAAGGCAGAGUUUGAGGUACAUGAAGUCUAUGCUGUGGACGUCUUGAUAAGCACCGGAGAAGGGAAGGCCAGAGAUGGAGGUCUGAGGACCACCAUUUAUAAGAGGGACCCCAGUAAGCAGUACGGCUUGAAGAUGAAAACUUCCCGUACGUUCUUCAGCGAAGUGGAACGACGCUUUGAUGCCAUGCCCUUCACUCUUAGGGCGUUCGAGGAUGAGGCCAAAGCCCGUCUGGGUGUGGUGGAGUGUGCCAAACAUGAAUUGCUACAGCCCUUCAGUGUGCUACAUGAGAAAGAGGGAGAGUGUGUAGCUCAGUUUAAGUUCACAGUGCUGCUGAUGGCCAACGGGCCUCACAGAAUCACCAACGGACCCUUCGAUCCAGAGCUCUACAAGUCAGAGCAUGAAGUUCAGGAUGCAGAGCUAAAGACUUUACUACAGAGCUCUGCAAGCCGUAAAACGCAGAAGAAAAAGAAAAAGAAGGCCUCAAAGACAGCAGAAAAUGCAACUGGACAGCCGACUGAGGACACGGAAGCCGUAGAAUAAAUAAAUACUGCCUUUCCACACAUGCAAGACCCCAAAGAGAAGCAAGAGAAAACACAACAAAUUGCCCCCAACUAUCUGCCCAUUAUACACCUAAUAGUUGAUUUCAGAUUAAACUGAUGAAUUCUUAAGAACUUUGGAAUCAGCUGCAUAUUUAAAGAUCCUACAUGGAUCCUUAACCCUUUACUGCAUUAAUUGAAACGGUGUUGCUUUUUCUUCUCUAACUUGAGUAGGAAAUUAGUUUUACAUUUUUGAAAAGACUUGUUGCCAAAUGGUAAGUGUGCUACUGGUGGCUUUGUUCGUUUUUACAUCUUUUGGUCCUCUUCAUGUUUGUUAUUUGCAACUGAAAUGUUUCCUUUUUUUAAGUAAAACUGAAGCUUACAGUGGGCAUUAAUGGGAGUGGAUCAGUCUGUAGUUUUGACAUCCAACUGUGGGUGAAGGAAACUUUGAUCAUAUUCUUAGUAUUUCUUUCUCUAAGGCAUUGUGUAUCUGAGGCCACCAUGGAGUCGCCUGUUGCUUGAAUGGGAUGGUUCGACUGACUUGUCACAUGUUGUUUCCAUUUGGCAACAAAGAUAUAACAAGUUAUCUAAACUUGUUUAUAUGUAAACAAAAGGUUAUGCUAAAAAGAAAUAUCCAGAUAUUUUAUUGGAACAAGCACUUUGUUCCCUCUUACAUGUGAGAAUCGCAAGGGAUGACGAUGAUAGUCAUCUAGUACAUUAUCAAACAGCUGAGUCCUUUUUAGCAUUUAAAAACAUUUUAAUUAAAGCAAUUAUUUUCUUAACUACACCAUGCAGUAAAGGGUUAAAUGAUAAAACUUGUGUCACUCGUGAAAUGACUAGCUAAAAAAUAUAACAAGUAAAUGACAGUUAUUACAGGGAUGGUAAUAUAAAAGAUGGCGUCUGCUUCUGAGUUAAUGUAGUGGGGGUUUAUGGUUACUCUUCUAUCAUCAAGGCCCAACCACAUUUUUGGCUGAAACUACAAUGUUUUAACCACACUAGGUUUUUUUUAAAGCAAUAACCUGAGCAGAAGACUGGAAUAUUUUAAGUAUACAAGAAUAGCUGUAAUGAGCUUGAUUUUAGGGAACAAAACUGCUAUAUUUACUGCCAUUCCCCACUUGAAUUUUAUGAAAAGAUCUAUACGUUCCAAUUUUGAAAAACUUUUCUAUUAGUGAAACCUGUUACUUGCUUUACUACAUCAUUAGUCUUGUGAAGCAUGGAAACUAAAGCUGAUCAUGCUUUAAAAAACGGUUUUAUGGGUGUCUUCUGUAGAGUUGGACCACUAAGAGAUCAUUUCAGGUCUGAGUUUGAUUUCCAUGUCUGAAAAAGUGUUGGGUCAGAUUUGUCAACAGUCAAAUAUGUUGAGAAAAGUAAAGUCCUGCUUUGUAGCUCAGUUAGUGGGCAAUGGAACUUUACAUCUAAUGAAAUAAAAACAUUUUCAUACACUUGUUUGUUUCCUCUGAAGGUUUUUGUCAAAGUUCAGUAUUGGAAAUGUCUGCAAUGAAAUAUUAUGACUGACUGCUUGCCUACUUAAGUCCAAAGUGAAGGUUUUAAGUUCAGAAAUGAUGGUGUCUUUGCCAGAAAGUCUUUAUUCAGGGUGGGAAAUUAGCAUCAGCCAAAUCCUGGUAAAAAUGAAAGUGGCUGGUAGAUGUUGACAUUUUAAAAAGUUAAUUUCCCACACUAUUGCAACAUUAGAUAUUUAGAUGUUGAUUUUUGAAUCAAUGUAAUGAAGUAAUGUGGUUUUGUGGGUAUUUUCAUUUGGUGGAUUUAACAAAAACUGACAUUCCUGCCUGGUUAUUUGAUUGACUUUCCAACGAAUUUACCUCAUCACGAUCAAUAACAGUAUAAAUUACUUAUAGGCCUACCUCGAAAGAGGAUUUUAUUUAUAUCGCCCUCUCCUAAGCAUCAGGAUGGUUCUGUGCAUAAAUCAGGUUAGAGAAGUUAUUCUAUGAUCAAUUAGAAAGAAAUGUUUGAUAUUUGACAAAACAAAUCUCAUCUCAAAGUCAAUUUAGUAACUAGGCUGCUGGAGCUUUUGACCAUAUCACGCAAUCCUCAUCAGCAGAUUAAGUUUCCUUUAUUCAUUACACAAUGUUUUUAUUAGAAAUGAUCUUAUACAUACAUGUGUAGAUACGUAUACAGCAACAAACAAACAAAUGGGUGCCUUGACAACCAAAGUGCAUGCUGAGGCACAAAUGAACUAAAGUCACAAAGAACAACUUCUCAGACAUAAAGUCUUUUGUACAUACAUAAAUCCUAAGAGCAUGUUAAAAUAAAAGUCAAAAUUGAGCUUAGAAUAAUAUUUCGAGGUUUCCAUCAGGGAGUAGGUACUCAUCCCUCCUCUUCAUCAUCAUCUGAUAGAUCCAUACUUUUCACAAAAGCAGUAAAUGGUCCCCAAACCUUUUCAAACGUAUUUUGGCUCCCUUUUCGUAUAUACACCCUACGUCACUCUUUCUAAAGGAAAAGUAGUAGUAUUUGUCUAAUCCAAUGUGUAACAUUUGGUCUGUUCCAAAACAUUGCGAUCGAUCUUUUGGCAUGCAGGAGAAACAUAUUUAUCAUUAUUUGUUCACUUUUGGCAUACUUGUGGUCUUUUGGGUACAGCCCUAAAAUAAGAAACCCAGGAUCCAUUGGAAUACAUUUUAAGGUAAUCUUUUCUAUUGCUUUUUUAACCUCCUCCCCAAAAAGAUUUGAUCUUACUGCAUUGCCAGACACAAUGAAAUAGUGUUCCUUUCAUCUCCGUGCAUUUUGUCAAAUCUGAGAUUUUGCUAUUAUAUUGAUUUAAUUUAACUGGAGUGAUAUAUAUUCUCAUUAACCAUUUAUACUGUAACAAUCUUAGUCGAGCAUACUUUUAAUUUAAAGUUAAUUCAGUAGCCUAGGCCAUGGAUGUAAAGACCCACCUUUUCAAACAAAACAUCAGGUCUGUUUAUUUCCGGGAUAAUAGACUAGCUUCGUUAAAGGUCCAUAGACUGAAAUGGUAGAUAUUAGAUUAAACUGUGGUGCCAUAUCCAAAUAAAAUUAUCUUUGAGUAGACAAAUACACGCGCCUGACCACUUAGACUACAUUUCCCAACGAGCUAUAAAAAAAUAGUUGGCGCUUGAACAUGACGUCAACGCUUGUAUAAAUACCGCCCUCUUUCUUCGUCAUAUCCUCUUUCCGUUGCUCUUCUCGCUUUGAGAAACUCCACACGAUGAGAGCCAAGUGGAGGAAGAAGCGUAUGCGCAGGCUGAAGCGUAAAAGGAGAAAGAUGAGGCAGAGGUCAAAGUAAGCCCUCAUCCCUGCCAGCUGUGAUCCCGUCGGAGCCUCUCCAGAUGACUGACGCAUUUGGCUGAAGUGGAGCCUCGAUCAGUGGAACGAAGGCCUAAACCCUGACUUCAUACGACUGCGCGUCUCAUGGAGCCAGCUGUGAAUGUCUGACUGGAAGAUGGCAAAGAUGCUGGAAGGAUCUCGUCAACAUCAGAACUACAGCUGUUUUGUUCAUGGAACUUGAUACAUACGUUUACCAACAACUGUCAUGUGGUUCAUUGAACAAUAAAUGAACACUGUUAAAAACA